AUGGUGCUGGUACAUAUUCAACCACGUACAGUGGUUUUUGCUUUAUUGUUGACCUUGUACGUGCUCCUUAUUGGCUUUGGACUUGGAGGCCAACUUGAUUUCAACUCAGCUAUAUUUCUUACCAAAAACUCUAUACAAGAGUUCAAACAAAAAUUAAGUUCAAAGAGCAUUAUCACGUCAAUUGCAGGAAGUUUGCCAUAUGAAGGUGAUCCCGAAUACCCUUUGAAUAAUGUUUUCAAUUCAUUGUUCCCUAUUGAUGCGAUAUUUGAAUUCAACACAACGUAUGAAGGGAACAUCACCACUCACAAAUUUGCUGGUAGGUAUGCAUCAUUCAGUCCAAUUUUAAAUGAUAGAAUUACCAGUAGGUAUAGGAUUUUAUCUGACAAGGCGUGUUCAAAAGUCACAGUGGACGACUCUGAUAAAGUCAAAAUUUUAAUAGUUCCCAGGGGUGAAUGUAACUUUGUCAGCAAGGUGUUGAAUAUAAUCGGCUCGGACGCAAAACCAAAGGCUAUCAUUAUUGCAAACAAUGAACCUUAUAGAGGCUUGAUAACAAUGUACUCCAACACAUUCAACCAAGAUGGGGCUUUGGAUAUCCCAGUCGUGUUUAUUACGUAUGAGGACAGCAAGCUACUUGAGGCAGCUGGCCAUGACAGCACAGCUUUGCAAAUAAGCACUGCUGAUUUUGGUGACUGGAUCAAUGUUCUAUUGUCCAUAGUUUUGUCACCUCCUUUGUUGAUCAUUGUCAUAUAUUGCAUCAUCUUGUGUGGUCAACGGGUGAGAAGAGGACAAAUUAACAAACGCAACACACAAUUGGUAAAGAACCUACCAGUAUAUGUAUACAACGUUGAUCAGUUGAUACUGGAGUCUGACUUUGAAAAAUGCUUUAAGCUGACCGACCUGGAGAUAGCUGAUGAUCCUGCUUUGUUUGCCAAGAGCGCACUACAUCAGAAGUUACAUGUUUUGACCUCACCUAAUGAUUACUUUAAAGCCUACAAAUGCUCAAUAUGUUUGGAAAAAUAUGAACCAUUGAGGUCUAGGGUUUUAGUAUUGGAGUGUAAGCAUCUUUAUCACCAAAAGUGUCUUUCAAAAUGGUUGAUUAAUUUUAGAAGAAGCUGUCCAUUGUGCAAUAGCACAAUUCUAACAGACAACCUCCUUACUGGUCAUGAAGUGAACUAUGGUAGCAUGGACAUGGAAAGUGGUGUUACCGAGGGCAGCAGCAGAGAGGUAGAAGUGCAGCGCCCCUUCAAUUACAGGAGUGCAAGCAGUCAGAGCCUGUUUCAAAGACCGCUUUUGAUGUCAAGACCGCUGGCGAUCUUGACCUGCUAUAACUCAGAUCCUAAUGGGGCACAGCUAAGCACCAGUAUUGACUCCUCAUGA